AUGGGCUCAGAAAAGGGACCCAGGCACGUCGUCGACGUAGCCAAGAACCAGUUCCAACACCCAAAGACGGGCAAAUUCCAGCUUGACAUCAUCGUCAACAAUGCAGGCGUGUCGGGCAACAACUUGGUCGAUAAGGUUGACUGCGAAGACUUUGCUAGGCAAUACAACGUCAACGUGCGGGGCCCGCUGCUCCUCGUACAGGCCGCUUUACCCUAUCUGCCCACCGAUCGAUCUGGUCGCAUCAUCAAUCUGUCGUCGGUCAGCUCGUCGCUGGGAUACAAAGGGCAGUCCAUCUAUGGAGGCACCAAGGCCGCACUGGAGAGCAUGACGCGCACAUGGUCUCGCGAGCUAGCCGAGCGAUGCACGGUUAACGCCAUCAACCCAGGCCCCGUGGCGACGGACAUGUACUGGAGCAACGAUGAGGCCUUUAUUGCGCAGAACAAGCCUUUUAUUGAGACGACGCCUCUGGCCGCUCCGAGGAAGGGCAUCGACCCAGAGAAGAUCUACGAGGCAUCCCGGAAUGCCGGAGGCCGACCAGCGUACAGCGAAGAGGUUGCUGGAGUGGUGGGUAUGCUGUGUCUGCCCGAGGCUGGGUGGACGACGGGUAGCGUGAUCUGUGCCAACGGGGGUAUGAAGUUUAGCGUCUAG